AUGGGCGCUGGCUCAUCGCAGGACAUGUCUGUGGUGGAGGUACCAGCCACGGCGAGACAUUUGGCCACCCUCAUUUUUCUCCAUGGGUUAGGAGACACAGGGCAUGGCUGGGCAGAACAGCUUCGAGCCUUAAAAAUGAAACAUGUCAAAUGUAUAUGUCCAACUGCUGAAAUUAAAGUUAAACCUUUAAUAAAAAAAUUCUUUUUCUUUUUUUUUUUUUCCUCUUUUUUUUUUCCUCUUUUUUUUUUCCUCUUUUUUUCUUCUCUCUUUUCUCUUCUCUCUUUUCUCUUCUCUCUUUUCCCUUCUCUCUUUCUCCUCUUCUCUCUCUUUUCUCUUCUCUCUUUCUCUCUCUUUUCUCUUCUCUCUUUUUUUCUCUUCUUCUCUCUUUUCUCUCUUCUCUCUUUUCUCUUCUCUCUCUUUUUCUCUUCUCUCUUUUCUCUUCUCUCUUUUCUUCUCUCUUCUCUCUUUCUCUCGUCUCUCUUUCUCUUUUCUCUCUUUCUCUCUCUCUUUUCUCUUCUCUCUUUUCUCUUCUCUCUUUUUCUUCUCUUUUCUCUUCUCUUUUCUCUUCUCUCUUUUCUCUUCUCUCUUUUCUCUUCUCUCUUUUCUCUUCUCUCUUUUCUCUUCUCUCUUCUCUCUUCUCUCUUUUCUCUUCUCUCUUUUCUCUUCUCUCUUUUCUCUUCUCUCUUUUCUCUUCUCUCUUUUCUCUUCUCUCUUUUCUCUCUUCUCUCUUUUUUCUUCUCUCUUUUCUCUUCUUUCUCUUCUCUUCUCUCUUUUCUUUUCUCUCUCUCUUUUCUCUUCUCUCUUUUCUCUUCUCUCUUUCUUCUCUCUUUUUUCUCUUCUCUUUUCUCUUCUCUUUUUCUCUUCUUUUUCUCUUCUCUCUUUUCUCUUCUCUCUUUUUCUCUUCUCUCUUUUCUCUCUCUCUUUUCUCUUCUCUUUUUCUCUUCUCUCUUUUCUCUUCUCUCUUUCUCUUCUCUCUUUUCUCUUCUCUUCUCUUUUCUCUUCUCUCUUUUCUCUCUCUUUUCUCUUCUCUUUUUCUCUCUCUUCUCUUCUCUCUUCUCUUCUCUUUUCUCUUCUCUCUUCUUCUCUCUUCUUUUCUCUCUUUUUCUCUUCUCUUUUCUCUUUUCUCUUUCUUUUCUUCUCUCUGUUUGA